AUGGCUGUUGGAUUGGAGGCCGCAGCGGUGGCGUGUCCCGCAGAGAAGACGCCCUCCCCCACGUCUCCCGACUAUCGAACCAAAGGCUUGGACGAUGAGAAGCAGCACUUCCACAUCCUGCCGCAGCUCCAGGCCAAACGUGCAGACUUCCUGACCGUGGUACUCACCGGGACCUUACCCUCACGACGCAGCUUUGCCACUCCAGAGGCCGCACCCGAGGCCCCGGGGCCACGGGAUGACGACGUGACCAAGAGCGAGUCCAAUAGCGAGGCCAGUCAGAAGAGCACAGAGAGGAGCCAAGAGGCCGCGCCCUCCACACUGAUGGCAGAGGACCAGAGGGGCCCCAAGGUUUCAGGAGCAGAGAACGACCCGGACCUGGAGGACGCGUCCAAAACCCUGGUGCUGUUCUCUCCUGGAGACACUCGUAAGUCUCCGUCAGACGGGGCUCUGGAGUCGGAGCUGGCCACGCCCUGCGCUCUGACGCCUCAGCUGCAGCUGGAGGCCCCCAACACGGGCCGCCUCUCCCCCGUCCUGAGGCUGGAGGCCCCCGACACGGGCCGCCUCUCCCCCGCCCUGAGGCUGGAGGCCCCCGACACGGGCCGCCUCUCCCCCGCCCUGAGGCUGGAGGCUCCUGACACGGGCCGCCUCUCCCCCGCCCUGAGGCUGGAGGCUCCUGACACGGGCCGCCUUGGAGGCCCCUGA